AUGAGAUCAUAAAGUCUUUUACUAUCCCCUUAAAAUUAUUAGCUGAAUCCUAAUCUAUUAACACCAACUUAGAAAAGAUAUAUUUCACAAUUAUCAACCGGAUAAAAUAAAUCUAGUACAUCUUAGACUGAGGAAUUCUAACUGUAUAUCCCUUAGUUAGUUUCUGAAAAGUAAGAAUAAUUUCAAACUGUUAAUAACUACUAUAAUCCAAAUAGUAUAACCUAUUUAAAACUUUCUGAAAGUCCUUAAAAAAUUUUAUUCAAAACAGGAUAUGAAUAAUAAAUAGAAAUUAAAGAGUUGAAUUAGGAAAAUCAAAAUUUAAAAGAGAUUGUAAAAAAGUAAGAAGAUUAAUUACACGACUUAGGAAAUAUUUUAGAGUUAAAUCAAUAGCUUAAAGAUAAAUUAUUAUAAUUACAACAAGAAAAUGAUAUACUACUUUAAAAGAAAGAGCAACAUCAAAAAAAUUCUCAAAAUGUAUGA